UUUGUUUUUUUCUUUGUCUUGACACAGUAAAGCCUAAACGUGCUACAACUGUAAUGCGUGUAGAGGUUUAGGAUGUUAAUUUCUCCUCUUGAUUGAACUUAAAACUUCGUCUACCGACUGUUGUUAGUUGUUGCUUGAGAGUGCCCCCCUGAGUUUAAGAAGUCUAUUUGAUAGUUGCAAAGUUUUCACGCGAUAACCUCGCCAUGUCCUCCGGUGAUGCCUCGGAGCAGAGUCGGCGAUUCUGUAUGUUGUCGUGGGAGCAGGUGCAGCGACUGGACUCCAUCCUCGGAGAGAGCGUGCCCAUCCACGGACGUGGAAACUUCCCCACGCUCUCCGUGCAGCCCCGGCAGAUCGUCCAGGUGGUCCGGGCGCGACUGGAAGAGCAGGGCGUGACCGUCCGUGAUGUCAAGCUCAAUGGGUCAGCGGCGAGCCACGUGCUGCACCAGGACACCGGCCUGGGCUACAAGGACCUGGACCUGAUCUUCGGUUUGAACCUGAGCGACGACAAGACCUUCCGUCUGGUGAAGGACGUGGUGCUGGACAGCCUGCUGGAUUUCCUGCCGGUGGGUGUUAGCCGUGACCGCAUCACACAACUCACCCUCAAGGAGGUCUACGUGCAAAAGAUGGUGAAGGUGUGCAAUGACACGGACCGCUGGAGCCUGAUCUCGCUCUCCAACAACACCGGCAAGAACGUGGAGCUCAAGUUCGUGGACUCCCUGCGGCGGCAGUUCGAGUUCAGCGUGGACUCCUUCCAGAUCGCUCUGGACUCACUGCUGCUGUUCGACCGCUGCUCUGAGACGCCCAUGUCUGAGAGCUUCCACCCGACCGUGGUUGGCGAGAGCAUGUACGGUGACUUUGAGGUGGCGCUUAGCCACCUGCGCGGCAAGACCAUUGCGACACGCAGCCCCGAGGAAAUUCGCGGCGGCGGCCUGCUCAAAUACUGCCACCUGCUGGUGCGGGGCUUCCGUGCGGACUCCGAGCCACACAUGAAGUCGUUGCAGCGCUACAUGUGCUCGCGCUUCUUUAUCGACUUCCCCGACAUCGGCGAGCAGCAGCGCAAGCUUGAGGCGUACCUGCAGAACCACUUUGCCGGCAUGGAGCACAAGCGCUACGAGUGCCUGGUCAUGCUACGGCGUGUUGUGGACGAGAGCACGGUGUGCCUGAUGGGCCACGAGCGCCGCCAGACGCUGGCACUCAUCUCCGCGCUGGCACUGCGGACGCUGGCCGAGCAGAACGCCAUCCCGGCCGUGCCCAGCAUCACCUGCUACUACCAGCCGGCGCCCUACGUCAGGGACCUCAACUUCAGCAACUACUACGUGGCGCACGUGCAGUCGCCCGUACACUGCAGCAACAGCUACCAGACGUGGCUGCCCUGCAGUUGAGGAGAGGGACUCAAGAAAAUCAAGAAAAAAAAAAACAGAACGGAGAAGUACAGAAACAGAAGGAGAGAAAAAAAGGGUGUGUGUUUGUUUGUGUGUUUGUUUGAGAGAGAGAUGGAUAAAGGCAGAAUAGAAUGCUUUGAAGCUGUUAGUUAUCGUCUUAUGUAUAGAGGGGUUAUAGUACGGGAUUCAGUCCAUGUGUAGCAUUGUGGAACUAAAUUGUGGGACCAAAUGAGGAUGGAGAAGGCAAAAUAAGAGAGAAAAAGAAGAAAAAAAAAGAUAAAUUUGUGUUUUUUUUUUUUCUUUCCAAAUCUUCAUGUCACCCACCCCACUAAGUUAUAAAGAUGAACACUGCUGUAAAUUAGAAUCGAGCCAUUGUAAUGUCGUUUCUUUCUACAUGUUCUCCUAAGAUGUUGUGAUGUACAGAAAGAGGAAAAGAAAUCCGUGAAUGACCCAGUGGUGGGUGCAAAGGGACAAAGCUAAAGCACUUUUUCCCUGCCUUCUGGAUAUGUGUAACGUUUAUCAACAUGUACGGUUGCUUUAGCAAAUGUAUAUAAGUUAUAUGCUAUAGAUCUUUUGAGCGAGAGAGAAGACGGGUCAGAAGACCGAGUUCUGUUCUGACUGUGGUUGCAUUUAAACUUAUUUUUAUUUGAAGAACUGAGGACCAAAGAAUUUUCCUUGUAAAAGUGGAAUGUUGCUUUUGUCGCCUCCCAAGUGCCUGAGACCAACCAACUGACAUGAGAAAACUGUACAUUAUUUCUAUGUAAAUUAAAAACUGUCUAAAAUUUUCAACCCUC